CAAGACGUUUUGGUCUUCUGGAGAUGAAUUCACCACACCACAUCACAUCUCACACCCCACAUUUGGUGACAAACACCUAACUGAACACACAAGAUGACAGACAAACUCAGCAACAACAUGCAUUGUGAAACAAUACUUUUUCUACGGGUUGCGAUCAUAAUGGGAAACAGCCUCAUGACUGCUGCAUUGGACCCCACCAUCAUCACCACAGAGUCUGGCCUAAACAACCUUAAGCCCACUGAGCAGGCAAACCUACCACAGAGGCCUGUCCUUCAGCCCAAUGAGACUGUUCCUGUCACCGGAAACUAUGUGCUGAAAGACCCUGCAGGCAUGCCAUGCAUCAAAGUCUCCAUGGGAGUGGAGUACAUAGUUAUUGAGAAGAAGAAAUCUUCCUAUUUCAACGUAGACCCUACCACCACCCAGACUACGGGUAGAUGUGGUGAAAAAGAGGCAGUUCUCUCCCUGGCUAUUAUAGGAGAGGGAGGCUAUCUGAAUCUCACCUUUGAAAAGGAAGGAAACCUGACCUAUGUGUCAAAGAUCAGAGCUAAUUUGGCACCAGGCAAAGGAAUUAAGAACUAUCCUGGGGUAAUAGAACAUGAGAAGCUGUUCCCAACUGCUGCUGGCCGCAGCCUCAAGUGCUACUCUCAGACUGAGUUUCAUCUGUCUGAAAAUCUUAGAGUGAAGAUUGUGCCUCUUCAGUUCCAAGCUUUCAAACUCACCAAUGGGAAGUUUGGAAAGGAGGUUGAGUGCAGGGCUGAUUUCAUCAAGAAGAUCAUUCCCAUUAUUCUUGGUGCCACGGCUGUGGGACUCUUUCUGAUUGCUGUCCUGACCUUCCUGAUCAUCCGGGACCACCGUAGACAAGCUGGCUAUGACAGGAUCUGAGAAGACUUCAUACAAAUAACAUGAACACUUUUUAUGGCCAUGUUUUGUAUUUCCAAAUUUUUUAUUUUGAUUCAUUACUCAAUAUUACACUUUUUUUGUUGUGUUUUCAAAUAUAACAUUCUUUCUGCAAAGAAAAUAUAAAUAACAUUAUUACAGUAAAAAAUAUGUGAAUGUAUUUAAUACUAAUAUGAAAGCACUGUGUAAGUUUACAAUCAUAAUCAGCAAAUAUGGUCCGAAUAAUGUGGCUUUAUUUUAGCAAUUCGAAUUUUGAUGCUUCCUAAUGUUUUGAAAUUAUAUCUUGUUUGAAGAGUGCAUACAUUCCCGUGUGGCUUUAUCCAGCUGAAUUGAAAUCCACUAUCUUAAAAUUCACAUAUAAGUAUAGAUUUCUUGAAUGCCUUUUUAUAAAAACACACUGUCCAAAAACAUAUAAUUCUGUAAGACAUUGUAAAUUCGGUCUUGAACCUCUCUGUGUGACCUCUCCUGAGGGUUAGUGCUAUUCGGGUUCCUUAGUACUUCCCGACCUUAAAGCCUAACCCUAACCACUAUUAAACUUUUCAACUUCAAUGGAGUUGGAGUAGGGAUACGCAAGGAUCCCGAAUAGCAAGGCCCGGCCAUAGACCCGAUUGUCACUAGAUAAAACAGCCACAAAGUCAUAAAUCUCGCCUAUUUCUACAAUGUAUCUUCUUAAACCUAACCCUAACCUUAACCACACUGCUAACCUUUUGCCUAACCCUUACCUUAAGUUAACACCAAAAAGCAUG